UCAUUCCCCCCACAUUCGAAAAGCGGAACGACCCUCGACUCGGGACCUCAUCUGGUCACGCGCCUUUCGUGCAGCCCAUCCUCGUACCUUAAGCCCCAAAUGGCCUCCGAGAGAGUAAUCGAUCGGGAAGAGCGACAGGGCCUUCGUGCCAUUCGCAACUUCCUCAAGGCCCGAAAUUCCUACGAUGUCCUCCCACUGAGCUUCCGUCUCAUUAUAUUCGAUACUUCGCUUUCCGUCAAGGAGAGUCUGAACAUCCUCAUUCAAAAUGGCACUACAGGCAUCGUUUCAGCGCCAUUGUGGGACUCCAAAGCGUCCAAGUUCGCAGGUCUUCUAACCACCUCCGAUUACAUCAAUGUCAUCCAAUACUAUUUCCAGAAUCCCGCAGCUCUGGACAAGAUCGAUCAAUUCCGUCUAGACAGCCUGCGAGAUGUGGAAAAGGCGCUCGGCGUCGCGCCACCAGAGACCAUCUCCAUUGACCCGGAGCGCCCGCUCUACGAUGCCUGUCGGCGCAUGCUGGAGUCGCGCGCCCGCCGCAUUCCCCUCGUGACCAGCGAUAGUCAGACCGAGCGGCCCCAUGUGCUCAGCGUCAUUACGCAAUACCGGAUCUUGAAAUUCGUUGCUGUCAACGUGCCCGAUACGCAGCAGCUGCGCCGCCCGCUGGGAGAAUUGCUGCUUGGAUCUUAUGAUAAUGUUGCUACGGCUUCGAUGGAUACGCCUGUAAUUGACGUCAUUCAUAUUUUGGUCGAGCGCAGCAUAUCUAGUGUGCCGAUCGUGAACUCGGAAGGUGUUGUGUACAAUGUGUUUGAGUCGGUUGAUGUGAUCACUCUGAUCAAGGGCGGGUUUUACGAUGACUUGAGCCUCACGGUUGGAGAAGCGCUGAAGAAACGUUCUCCGGGUUUCCCGGGCAUCUACACAUGUUCGCUCAAUGACGGACUGGAUACUAUCUUUGACACUAUUCGCAAAUCCCGAGUCCACCGUCUCGUCGUCGUGGAUGAGCACUUCAAGCUCAAGGGUGUUCUCACCCUGAGUGAUAUCCUGCACUACAUUCUUCUCGAGGGAGAGAAUGAAGAGGCAUGA